AUGCCACGCGCUUCUAAGGCUUCCGCCCGCAACGUUCCCGGCCUUCCCUCCACGACGUUUGUCCUCGACAAUGGCGGCUACACGAUCAAGGCAGGCUUUGCGCCCUCGCAGCCAACCCCGGACGACGAGGUGCUCUUGAAUUGCCGGAUAAUCCCUAACGCCAUCGUCCGCAGUCGCGACAGGAAAACUUAUAUCGGGGCGCAGUGCGAAGAAAUCACCCAAUGGAGCGAAGCCUUGUUCCGCAGGCCAGUCGAGAACGGCCAGGUCGUGAGCUGGGAAGCACAGAAAGAGAUUUGGGAUCAAUCGUUCUUGGACGAAAAGACGACUGGGAGAGAUUUGUCGAUCAAGAGCCCGGAAGACACAACUUUGAUUUUCACAGAGCCGCCAAAUACCAUGCCAGCACUACAGAAAAACGCAGAUGAAAUCAUUAUGGAGGAAUGGGGAUUCGGCGGCUACGCAAGGGUGCUCGGCCCGUCUUUGAACGCUUACAACGACCUGCAUCGUCUCUUUGAAGAGUCCGCGGCCUCUCCCGACAAUAAUUCCUGGGGGCAAUUGCCUAUGGAAUGCCUUCUCGUCAUCGACAGUGGCCACAGCCACACCACAGUCACUCCCCUAUUCAAGGGCCGACCUUUACACCGCGCUGUCCGACGUCUGGAUUGUGGAGGGAAGCACUUGACUAACCUGCUGAAAGAGAUCAUAUCUGUACGGCACUUCGACCUACACCAAGACACCAAAAUAGUCAAUGAUAUUAAAGAGGAAGUAUGCUACGUCAGCAAUGAUUUCAAAGAAGAUCUGGAAAAGACUUGGAACGGCAAUAAGGGUCAUCAGAAAGCGGUGUCAGCCAAGAGGCAAGAGGGGGACGCAGAUCAUGCCAUGAAUAUCGACCAGAAAUCCUCGACCGAGGAAAUUCGAGUUGACUACGUCCUGCCAGAUGGCAUUCACAUCCUGAAAGGCUUCAGCCGGCCUCACGAUCCGACCCCUGCAGCACGGAAACGCAGACAAGCUGCCCUCGCCGGUACCGCCGCAGAUUCCGAGAUCACCAUGACGCUUGGAAAUGAACGGUUUGCCGUUCCCGAGGUCCUGUUUUCGCCGAGCGACAUUGGAUCCAAACAGCCUGGGAUCCCAGAUAUCGUUUUGCAGUCACUCUCAGUGCUUCCGCCUCUCGUCCAAGCGACGAUGCUGAGCAAUGUGCUCGUGGUGGGCGGAUGUGCGAAGAUGCCAGGCUUUGUCGAGCGCAUCGAAGCGGAGCUGCGGAUGAGAGUCAAGACGGAAUGGGCGGUUUGUGUGCGCAAGAUGGAAGACCCGAUUACAUCGACGUGGCUAGGUGGUGCGAGAAUGUCCAGCCGGUCUCCUGAAGUGGUGAGAGAGUACGGAGUGACGAGGGAGGAGUACCUUGAACAUGGUAUUGCGUGGGUCGCGAGACGGUUUGCUUAUGGGGAUAGGUAA